AUGGUUUCCCUAGCAGCCGUAGGGAGCGAGGUGCUCGUUAGCUCGUUCAGACCCCUCCCUCAGACUGGUGCCGCUGUCUGUUGCGCUGCGUCCCGUCCCAUCAGCUCUGCGCUCUCCACACGUUGCUCUUUCCAAAGCCGAAACCCUAACGCGAGGCGAGGAGCUUCCGUAGUCAGGAGAGCUUUAAGCGGGGGUCCGAAUCGCAACCGCGACGAGAAGAAUGACCCGGGAAAAGUGAUCGAGUUUUCAGGGUCUGAUGAUAGCGACGCGGAAGCAGCGAGCAAGGAGAAAUCCGCGGGUCAGCUGGACGAUAUCGGCGCGGAGCUAGCUCGCCUUAGACAGGAACGCGCCGCAGCGGAAACAGCGGCGAAAGCCGAUGAAGGGAUUGGCGGAUUCUGGCGUGGCGUGCUGGAGGAGACGCAGAUGAUUCAAUGGCCGGCUUUCACGUCCGUGCUAGGAACGACUGGCGUGGUGGUUGUCGUCAUCGUGUCCUCCGCUGUUGUCCUGCUGACCGUCAAUGCCGUGCUAGCCAACGUCUCUGACGCUCUUUUUGAGUUGCCAGCAGUCAGGGAGCUCUGGCACCUGUAA